AAUCUUAUUCACAGUUUCUCCCUGUCAUGGCUGCGUCCAGUUAGGAAGGAGGUGGACAGGUUGUACUGUGGAAUCUGCAGAGCCCUGUGGGAGGUGUGCAGCUGCUAAGAAUUAAGGCUUUCUAUGCACACGUCAUGAUGUCUGUCCCAAAAGUGGAAAGUAAUCACCCGUUGCAAUCAGAAGAUCAAGAAGUAGGUUUCGAUCCACUGGACCCAGAAAGGACAGAAGCAGGCCUGUCAACUGAUGAAAAAAGAACAAACCCGGUUUCUAAUUCAGAGCAAAUCUUUGUAUCUUACAGCAAAGAAUGGGAAGAACUCUUUGUAAACAACAAUUAUUUGGCAGCGAUCCGUCUGAAAGGGAUUAAUGGGCAGCUGAGAAGCAGCAGGUUCCGGAGUGUUUGCUGGAAGCUGUUUCUAAAUGUUUUACCCCAAGACAGAAGCCAGUGGAUAAGUAAAACGGCAGAGUUAAGAACAUGGUAUAAAAAGAUUAAAGAAAUACAUAUUAUAAAUCCUCGAAAGGCUGCUGGACAGCAGGAUUUAAUGAUAAAUAAUCCAUUGUCUCAAGAUGAGGGGAGUCUUUGGAACAGGUUUUUCCAGGAUAAAGAACUUAUAGCAAUGAUUGAACAAGAUGUUAAAAGAACGUUUCCAGAAAUGCAGUUCUUCCAACAGGAGAACGUCAGAAAACUCCUUACUGAUAUCCUUUUCUGUUAUGCAAGAGAGAAUGAGCAUUUGCUUUAUAAGCAGGGAAUGCAUGAACUACUGGCGCCAAUGGUGUUCAUUUUACAUUGUGACCACCAGGCAUUUUUACAUGCCAGUGAGGCUGCACAACCAAGUGAAGAGAUGAAAGCUAUAUUAAAUCCUGAUUACCUGGAACACGAUUCUUAUGCAUUGUUUUCUAACCUCAUGGGAAGUGCAGAACCAUGGUUUUCAACGUUUGAACAUGAUUUACCCAAGGAUAAAGAUGCAGUGCUCUCAACAAUGCCAUUUGCCAGACCCCAGGAUAUAGGACCCUCUAUUGCUAUUGUGACAAAAGUGAACUACAUUCAAGACCAGCUGCUAAAGAAGCAUGAUAUUGAACUCUACAUGCAUCUAAAUAGACUUGAAAUUGCUCCUCAGAUAUAUGGACUGCGGUGGGUAAGGCUGCUGUUUGGAAGAGAAUUCCCCCUCCAGGAUCUGCUUGUCGUCUGGGAUGCCAUCUUUGCAGACAGCAUCACACUAGAGUUGGUCGACCACAUUUUUGUAGCCAUGUUGUUAUAUAUAAGAGAUGCAUUGAUCACAAGCAACUAUCAAACCUGUUUAGGGCUACUGAUGCAUUACCCACCCAUUGGUGACGUCCACUCGCUGAUUCUCAAGGCUCUCUUUCUCCGUGACCCAAAGAAAAACCCAAGACCAGUGAGCUAUCAGUUUCAACAAAACUUAGACUACUACAGAGCACGGGGACUUGACCUGAUGAACAGAUCACGUGCCACCACAAAGACUGCUCCUCUGAACAUAAAUAAAGUAUCCAGCAGUUUGAUUAAUUUUGGACGGAAACUGAUUGGCCCAUCUAUCACUACUGGAAGUGCAAUGAAUCCUAUGACAUCACAGCCAAUCAUCAGUAGAAGCGCUAAUAGCAACAAUAUUGGAUUUCCAUCUGCAGCAGCCAGCCAAUCAAUGAUACAGCCCAGUCCACACCACUUGCCACAGACUCAGCAGAUGCAACAAACCCAGCGGAUGAUGAAGUCUGAGAGUAUGCCGGUGCAGCUGAGUAAAGGCCAAAGCACCAAGAACAUCAGUGCAUCUCCCAGUAUCGAGAGUUUGCCUGGAGGCCGUGACCACACAGACUCUCCUCCUCCGUCAGCUGGGAAGAAAGAUUCUUUUUUCAGCAACAUCUCUCGCUCUCGCUCUCACAGCAAAUCCCAGGGCAAAAAGGAAUCUGAGGAAGACCUUGAGGCCCAAAUUUCCUUCUUACAAGGACAAUUAAACGAUUUGGAUGCAAUGUGCAAAUACUGUGCAAAAAUAAUGAACACCCAUCUUGGCCACAUUCAGGAAGCCAUUCUGCAGGAAAAGCUGGAGAAAGAAGAUAAAAUUCAGGUGUCUUUAGCUGUAUUGAAGCAGAUAAAGGACAUAUUGAAAGGUUCUCUGCGUUUUAACCAAAGCCUUCUUGAGGCUGAGGAGAAUGAGGAGAUCACAAUCACGGAUGACCAUUACUGCUCCAAUAUGCAUAUGACAGAGGGUAGUGACAACUUUGCUGACAUGACACAAGAAUCUCAAGAACAGGCUACGGCUGACAGUUCUGGAAACAGCGACAGCCGACACUCGGAUGAUUAUAUUCUGAUCCCGAGCGAGGGGGAUUUAUGUUGCAGUGGUGCUGUCCCUGAGUUGAAACAGAAAGAGACAUUACAGGAAAACAAACAAGCAAGAGAGAAAAGAAAAGCUGCACCCCGUUCCCCUCUUGUCUUCUCUGACCCUCUUAUGGGGGCAAACACAUCCUCAAGCAACCUCAGUUCCAGCCCUGAUGACAACAGCAGCAACAACAGCAAAGAUUCUGACUUCACCAUUGUCAGCCCGCUUGAUAUUUAAAAUAUCAAUAUUCUGUUGAUUUUUCCUGUCUUUUUAUGACUCUUAAUUAAACCGUCGGUUGUCUUCAUACAUGGAAAUAUAUAUUUGAAAUACUUUUGUUAUCUCUGAGUGACAGGAGGAGUACAACGUGAAAUCCUCUUCAUUUAUGCAAACCGUGAUUCAGAGCACAAACCACGAAGCAGUAUACAGAGGAUAUAGCCAAUAUCUCCAAAGCCUUAUAUGAAUAUUUUACUACUAGUAGAUAUCUGUUGCAUUCUUGAUAUAACUCAAUGAGAGAAGAUAUAUGAAACUGGAGCACCCUAACCCUUAGUGUUGUUAUUGGUAUUAACAAGGCAUGACAACUUUUUAUCAUAUAAACAUUCUCGCGUUAUAAUUUCAUAAUCUUUUUGUUACUUAUUAGAGGAAACUUUUUCAUGCAAAUGGAUUCU